UGCUGCAGCGUUUUCCGGCGUUGGCUUCUUGACGCUCGCUCAACUUGAGACGUGCGCUUACCUUGCGUCACGUUAAAGCACAUAUUUGAAUAGUUGCUGCUGUCAGCUUUCAUUUUCAAGACCGAUGGAGCAUUUGAGCGAGGACGGCGGCGUGCAGAAGGAGGUGGUUCGUCAAGGCACUGGCCGAUUGGUACCCGAAAAGUGUGUUGUCAUUCUGCACUACAACGCCUAUGUCAGCGAGAAUGAGAGUGAGCCAUUCGACUCAACCUGGCUGCGCAACCAACCACAGCGAUGCAGUCUUGACGAGCUGAUGGUCCCCGGUCUGGCAAUUGCAGUACGGAGUAUGCGUCGAGGAGAAGAAUGCCGUGUGGUAGUCUCGCCUAAAUACGGGUUCGGUGACAUGGGUUGCCAGCCUCGCAUCCCACCACGUGCCACUCUGGUCUACGAGUUAACACUGCUUAAUUUCAUCGAGACUGAGUUUGAUGGCGACAUGGACAGUCUGGAGCAUGACGACUACAGGCAGCUUCCCUUCGAUGUUGUGUAUGAGAUGUGCUGCCGCAAGCACCGAAAUGGGAACCGCUUCUACGAGGCUGAUGACUAUGCAAGUGCGGCACGCUGCUAUGCUGCGGCUGCUAAAGCUUUGGAGUGGACGCAGGCAGCUGUGGCUAGCAAGGAUGAGCUGCUGGUCAAGCUGUAUGCCAACCAGGCACAGUGUGCACUGCGCAUGCGCAAUGCGAAACUGGCAGUGGCCUGUGCACGGAGAGCACUGCAGCGGGACCCCAACUGUGCCAAGGCACUGUACCGGUGUGCGGUUGGGCUGCGCAUGCUCGGCGAGUUUGAGGAGGCAGCCGAGCUGCAGCGGCAAGCCUACGCGCUGGCCCCCAACUCGUCGCACAUUGGUCAUGAACUCUGUGCACUCAACAGAGGCCUCUUCAACCAAAAGCAGGAGGUCACUCAGCUCUGCCGCAACAUGAUGCGUGCGCUGGGGACCGAUGGCAGUGUCAGCGAGGAGCGCCAGGCAAACAAGAGGCGUGAGCGCUUGGUCAUCGAGCAGUCUGUGGAGCCGCUCACUCGUCUCGUGAUCCGCAAGGCAGUUGAGGCACUGGCUGCUGCGCCACCGGGCACCGAGCUGCCGUUUGUUGACGGCUUCAGCCGCGAGGAGUUGGCAUACGUGCGCAUGCUGUGCGACCACCUGGGCCUCCCCAUCCACGAAUUUGAUGGUGGACUCAAGGCGCUUGCAUCGGGAAGUGGGUGCACUUGCUGAAAUCGCUAUAACGCUGCUGGAAAUACUGAGUGAAAUAAAAGAACCAUUGCACGCAUUCACUUUAAUGUGAAACUGCGUAUUAAAGGGGCC